CCCGAACAUUAUAAAUAACAGCAGAUAUACCUACGAGUUUCUAGAAGAACUUGAAUGAGACGAACUCUGAGGAGAACACCUUACAUCAGCACCCCAGAAGGACAUGCAGUUUCGCGGCGUUGGUGAUCUUUUUGAUUGGAAGAGCGGAAGGAUUCUUUAUCAAAUAGGGGUCAGGAGCUGCGCUGCUACCUAUCCAACGCAACAUUACGAGUGCGCUGUUCAGUUAGUCAGUGGUCGUUAAUCUUGCUGUGGGUUAAGUACUGACUUGGCACUCGACAUUUUAUGCAAGGAACUGCAGUACGGACUAAGUUUACAAAUCGGCUACAUUUUGUACGGGUGAACCAUGGACGGUUUUCCGCUGUCUGGCGUGCUCUUUCUGUGCGCCCUGUGCCUGCCGUCCACCCUACCGGGCGGACAGGUACCAGUUACUCCCAGCUGCCACCAGGUGCGCGCGUCAUUUCAGUCUCUGCACCCCGGGUCGAAAUGGGCAAUGGAGACUCCAGUUUCAGGUGCAGACCUGCAGGUGUGCCAGCCCAAGGGCCUGACUUGCUGUUCGAGGAGGAUGGAGGAACGUUACCAGAUGACUGCCAGGCAGAAUAUGGAGUCAGGCCUGCAGACAGUCAGCGCACCGCUCAAACUCCUCAUCAUCCAGAACGCAGCUGUCUUCCAAGAGGCAUUUGAAUUGGUGUUGCGUCACGGCCGUAACUCCACCCUGCUGGUGCUGAAAGCGGAGUUCCCAGGGCUGGGGGGCGGGGCCCAGGGGGCGGUGGGUCAGCUCUUCCUGGACGUGUCUCUCUACAUCCUGGGCUCAGACUCCAGCGUGGAACACAUGGUCCAGGCCUUCUUCACCCGCCUCUUCCCCCUGACCUACCGACACCUGCUGGGGGGUGGCACAGCACCCAUAUCUGAGGAAUGCCUGCGGGGGUCGUGGAAGGACUCCAUAGCAUUCGGCCCCUACCCUAAACUCAUUAUGACUCGUUUGUCACGCUCCCUCCUGGCCACGCGUGUCUUCCUGCAGGCGCUGAACCUGGGCAUUGAGGUGGUCAACACCACUGACCACCUGCGCCCAGGUAGGGACUGUGGGCGCACCCUGCUGAGGCUGUGGUAUUGCCCACACUGCCAGGGCCUGCUAGGGGCCCCGGUCUGUAAAGGGUUUUGCCAGGCUGUAAUGUCAGGGUGCCUGGGAGGUGCUGCGGAGGUACAGCCCCACUGGAGAGGGUAUGUGGAGGGGCUAGGGAAACUGGCAGGGGCCAUGAGGGGGGAGCAGGACAUGGAGGCUGUGAUGAUGAGGUUACAUGUGCUGGUCAGACUGGCCCUCAGACACGCUGUCAAAGCACGCCCCCGCCUACACACACUGGUGAGCAGUACGUGUGGCCACGCCCCCCAGCGUGUGUCUCGCUCAGUGGCGCCCUUUCCUGACCAGAACUCUGCUGCCCAGGCGUCCCGCAACCCACAGCCUUUACUUUACGAUCCUGAGGAGACCUUGGCUGGUCGCCGCAGGGAGUUUAUUUCCAGCCUGAGGGGAUUCAGUUCCUUCUUCAGUGGUUUGGGAGAGGCUCUGUGUAGCCGGGAGCCUGCAGUGCCAAGCAACCACUCCCUCUGCUGGAACGGACAAGAAAUGACAAACAGGUUUCCUGUCCCAGUGAAGCGCUCUCACCCUCAUGGCCCUGACCCUAAGAUCAAAGCCCCUGAACCAGUCAUCUCCCAGAUCAUCGACAAACUCAAACACAUCAACCAGGUGGUCUGCAGGCAUUUGAAUUGGUGUUGCGUCACGGCCGUAACCCACCCUGCUGGUGCUGAAAGCGGAGUUCCCAGGGCUGGGGGCGGGGCCCAGGGGCGGUGGGUCAGCUCUUCCUGGACGUGUCUCUACAUCCUGGGCUCAGACUCCAGCGUGGAACACAUGGUCCAGGCCUUCUUCACCCGCCUUUCCCCCUGA